AUGUAUCGAACGAUGGUCGAUGCUGCCUCGAUUCGUCAGUUGAUUCGUCGGUAUCAGCAUCUUCAGUGUCGGCGUAACGACACAAAAGAUGAAAGGGAUGGUAUGCUAGACAAGAUUACACCGUUGAAUGAGACUUCAAGGAAAUUAAAUAUGGUACAGAGGGAUCACCGCAGAUACCAAUCGAAAGGGAACUUCUUCUUUCCUUUGACUCCAUCUUAUGAGUCGGCAAGGAGCCAAUGA